UUUCCUCCGGCGUAGCAGCCUCAGUCCGGUCCGUUCCUCCCCGUGUCAAACCGCUCCUGGCUCCUGCUCUCCUGCCCGCUCUCCUGCUCUCCUCCUCGGCCUCCAUCCAUCCAUCCGCUUCCCCGCGCUCCGGAUCCACGCUCCACGCUCCCGGCGGGAAACCAAACCGGGGGGGGGAUGCUGCCGCCGCGCGAGUCCCACCGAGCAGUCACCUAGGCCGGCUGCAGAGGAGCCGCAGUGCCAGGGGGCUGUCCUGUCUGGAGCUCUGGGGCCGCCGUCUCGGGAUUUUUUUACGGAGCUUUUUCUCGUGUCUCCCGGCGGGUCGUGUCCGUGGAUCUCCCCGCUUUUCCCCGGAGCUUCACCCUCGGUCUACCCCCCUCCUUCAGCUGGAUGUGACGGAGGCCCCGGGGGGAAGGUCGCGCUGCGUUGCCCGGGCGCAGAGCUCGAACGCCGGGGAGAGACUGGAGGGGUGACGUGUGAUUGGACGGAGCCACAACAUGAAUCCUCUGAACCAGAUGAAGGCGGGACUCAACAACCCGCACAGUGAUGGCUCGUAUCCGUACGACUCGAGUUGGCAGCAGCCUCCGAACCAGCCCACCGGGUCUCUGUCUGUGGUCACGACGGUGUGGGGAGUCACCAACCCCUCGGCCUCUCAGGGUCUUGGAGGAGGCGUGAUGGGGCCCGGCGCUUCUCCGUCUGCGGGGCCCAUGAUGCAGGGCCCCCCCUCUGGGAUGGGAGGGGGCCCCGGGGGGUACAUGGGGCAGCAGGGCUACGGCGAGCCCAACAAAGGCUACAUGAGCCAGGGCAUGUACGGGCGCGGGCCCGGGGGGUACGGCGGAGCUCCGGGAGGAUACGGGGGCAGUUACCCGUCUAACCCCGGGGCGUCGCGGGGCUCUGCAGACUUCACUCAGGCCGCCGCUGCAGCCGCCGUCGCCGCCGCUGCCGCUACGGCAACGGCCACCGCCACGGCAACCGUUGCCGCAGCGAUACAGGAGAAACAGAACCAGGAGGUCAACUACGGACCAAUGGGCGCUCCAGGCUACAGUCCCCAGUUCAUGUCCGGUCCUCGAGGUCCGGGGAUGGGUCCAGGGCCAAACCGAGGCCCUCAGUCCAUGGGGCCCAUGUUCGGAGGAGGGCCCCAGAGGCUCCCGAACUACGGCCCCCAGCAACCGGGACACCUGAGGCAGCAGCAGGGCCUCAAGAGGGUCCUUAGUCUCUGGUUUAGUCUGUCGUUCCCGGGGAUGCCGCAGCAGUACGGAGUCCCCGUCGGGUCUGGACCUGGGUCUGGUUCAGUCCCUGGGUCUUACUCUGGACCCAACAUGCCCUAUCACACAGGUGCAGGUGGUCCUGGCCCCGCCCCUCAGCGCUCAGGCUCCUCCCCCUCGUAUCAGACUCAUAAAAUGGGUCUCCCUCAGUACCAGGCGCCGGGACCCACCUCACAGUUUUAUAAGCAGGAGCAGUUUAACGGACAGGGAGCCGCGCUGAACUCUCUGUCAGCAGGGGGCGCUGGAGGAGUCUACAGCCAGUUUAACCAGUCCUCAGGGCCCGGUCGAGGGUUGCCCGGUUACCCCAGCUCCCCGCUUCCCGGUAACCCGACUCCGCCCAUCACCCCCGGCAACAGCUCCAUGGCGCCGCCCUACAUGUCGCCUGGCAACACCGACGUCAAGCCCACGCCCCCCUCCUUCCUGCCGGACGUCAAACCCAACAUGGCGACGCUGCCCCCUCCCCCCAACACCGGAAACCCGAGUGACGACCUGCGGCUCACGUUUCCUGUGCGGGACGGUGUGGUGCUGGAGCCGUUCAGACUGGAGCACAACCUCGCCGUGUCCAACCACGUGUUCCAACUACGAGAGUCUGUGUACAAAACGCUCAUCAUGAGGCCGGACUUGGAGCUGCAGUUCAAAUGUUACCACCACGAGGACAGACAGAUGAACACGAACUGGCCCGCGUCUGUGCAGGUGAGUGUGAACGCCACGCCUCUCACCAUCGAGCGCGGGGACAACAAAACGUCGCACAAACCUCUGUACCUGAAACAAGUGUGUCAGCCCGGACGCAACACCAUCCAGAUCACUGUGACGGCCUGCUGCUGCUCUCACCUGUUCGUGCUUCAGUUGGUGCACAGACCUUCAGUUCGCUCGGUGCUCCAGGGGCUGAUGAAGAAGAGGCUGCUGCCGGCCGAGCACUGCGUCACCAAGAUAAAGCGUAACUUCAGCGCGGGGUCGGUGGCGGGGACGGCCGGGCUGAACGGAGAGGACGGCGUGGAGCAGACGGCGAUCAGAGUGUCCCUCAAAUGCCCCAUCACCUUCAGACGAAUCCAGCUGCCAGCCCGAGGGCACGACUGUCGGCAUAUACAGUGCUUUGACCUGGAGUCGUACCUUCAGCUGAACUGUGAGAGAGGGACCUGGAGGUGUCCUGUCUGCAAUAAAACGGCUCUGCUGGAGGGUCUGGAGGUGGACCAGUACAUGCUCGCCAUCCUCAUCUACGUCCAGAAUUCGGAGUACGAGGAGAUCAGCAUAGACCCGGUGUGUAGUUGGCGUCCGGUCCCGGUGAAGCCCGACGUUCACGUGAAGGAGGAGUGCGACGGGCCGCAGCUCAAACGCUGUCGGACCCUCAGCCCCAGUCACAUGGUUCUGCCCAGUGUCAUGGAGAUGAUCGCCUCUCUCGGCCCCGCCCCCUCCUCCAUAGGCCCCGCCCCCUCCGCCUCCUCGCCCAUGCCGUUCCCCGGCCUCACCCCAGGGGGCAGCAACACGCCGGACUACAGCACGCCAGCUCCGUCCUACCCGACCCCAGGUCCUGGUCCUGGAUCUGGACCCGGCUCCACUCCGGGACCACAGUCCGGACCAGGAUUUCCUGAGUACAGCUCCGGACCCGGGACCCCAGGACCUCCCCCCCUGUCCUACCAGACCGAACUGAACCCACAGAUACAGAUGUCUGGUCGGUUGGACUCCACUUCCCAUGGUGCACCUGUGCCUCAGCAGCCUGGUCUCCACAGUAACGGCUCUCAGGGGGGCGGGCCCAUGAUGCAGAGGGCGGGGCAGAACCGUCUCCACGGCGACGGAGCGUUCGGGCUCGGAGGGGACGUCCCAGAACCGUCUCUGGAUCUGCUGCCGGAGCUCACGAACCCCGACGAGCUGCUGUCGUACCUGGGCCCGCCGGAUCUGCCCAGCAACAACAACGACGACCUGCUGUCCCUCUUCGAGAACAACUGACCAAUCACGGUGCUCCGAUCAACCCCCCGUCGACCCCCCCCCCCCGCCGCCGCCGACCGCAGCCCCUCGCUCCGACGCCGCACCGAUAAGCUUCUUCUGCCCGGCGACGGGUCUCCACGACGACUCCACCACCGGGCUGAAACCGACCAAUCGCCUGCCUCCAUUUGACACGAACUGACCAAUGAGAGGAGGCGCUGUUGUAAAAAUACGAACUCUCUGUAUGUAUUUGUUCUUUUAAACGGACUCGUUAAAAAAAAAGACGGUUUUAAAUCUUAAACGUGUGACGAACUGUGCGUUUUGAUCUUGUAUUUUUAUCCGACUGUACAUUUGUGUAGAGCCGUGUCCUUCACUUUAACUGAAAAGAAGCAGAUUUUUACCGUUUUGGACUCAAACGUUUUUAACACGAGGAAAAAGCGAAAACUCGGAGGGAAACGGGGCAGUUUGUUUAAUUCAGAAAAAUAUUUUGUAAACGAACUGCCGGCCUGAGUGUGUGUGGGCGUUACUGUGUGGUUUUCCCGUGUCCCCGUCUCGGGAACGACCGCAGACUGUGUUUAAAAACGGACAUAAAUACAGGAAGUGAGCAUGGACACGCUUCCGGCUCCAUCGGCUCUGGCUCCAAUUCACUUUCUAUUCAAAAACCGUCACCCUUUUCUCUGUAACUGCUGCUGUUUCUUCAUUUUUUGGUCUUAAAAUGUUCGUAUUAACCCGCUCUGCGUGAGUUUUAUUUUUAUAUUUUGCUGUUUUGUCCCUAAAUCGAGAUGUCACAUUAGAAAAAAACUUGUGUUAAAGUCAAACGACGUGAAAGAAAAUCUAAACGUCACUACAAAGUUUUUAGAAGACACUUUCUCUACACAAACACAACUUAACAAAACAAAAUGACGUGAAGAUGAUUCUCCUCAUUUACUCUGUGCGUCGACGUUUUUGCUGUGACGUAAAUCCAACCGAACCCGCCCGAGUUUGUGUUUUCGGAACCGUGAUUUGGUCGGCCGUUCCAUUGCACGUUCUCGAGGUGGAGGUCGGUUUUCCGUGAUUCCCGAGCGCAAUAAAACGCAGCGUUAACAACAGGUUUGAUCUAUUUCCUGCUAAACCAGCGUGAAGGAGCGUUACUAUGAACACCCUCGCUCCGGACUGGCUCUUUUUGUUGCUAUGAAACGUGGAAUUCAGCUCUGGAUUCGCUCCUUUAACUCACGGCCUCGCUGAACUUCAUUUGACUGGAGCCGAAGUGUGUCGUCACUCGGGCUGGGAUCAUUCAUAAGUUGCCGAUACGAUACAGACCUCGAGACAGUGAGCUUUCGAUUCGAUACGGUUCAAUAAAAAUAAAGUCUAAGUCAUGUCUGUGAUACUAAAAGUUUUUGUUAAAUCACUUCUUGUGCAAAGUUCAUAUGAAACACAAACAUUUUAAUCAUUAAAUUAGAGCCUUGCACCUGCGUAAUCGACGCAAAACAGAGCGGAGAGGGACACAUUUUGAAAGCUCAUUACGGCGCAGGCAGGAGCGGGACUUUAGCGAGCGGGUGGGGUGAUAAACUGCAGUCCCACAAACUAAAUCAGUGUAAAGUAAAAUAUACAAUAUACAGAAUAUUUUAUUUGGCAUUAAUAAAAACAUUUUGAGCAGAUUAACUUGCGGACAUGCUCUAAUCUCAGGCACAUUUUAGACAUUUCCUUUCCUCUUCUCCGUGUUUAGAGUUUAAGAAAGUGAACAUUUACCCAGUCUGGUGCCACCUAGUGCCUCCGCUCAGUUUCAUUUCUCUCCAGCUCUAGAUCAGGAAUCAGAAAACACUAGACGGUUUACUAGAACCCUGGAAGUUGUAGACGGCGCAUCGACCAAUCUGUGAAGAGACAGACAUUCUGUGCUGUCAACGAUUCCUGAGAUCGAGGAUUUAAAGCCGGAACAAAGAGAAUGUUUGGUGAAUUUUAUCAAGAGGAAAGACGUUAUUGUUCUUCUUCCAAACGUCACGACCAAACAGCAGUGAUUGGUUAAAUAAAAAAAGUACCUGCCUACCGUUGAGCGAACGAAUCCUAAUGCUGCGAGGUCACACGGUUUCUACCAAGAGAAACAAAGUGAAACCAGCUGAUGAAUCAGGCUAGCGAACAUUCCCAUCUCGCGGGAUUUGUGGGUGAAAACGGGACAAAAUAUCGCAGAUGUGGGCGGGAGCGGGAAUGAAAAUGACAAAUUCUAAUUACAGGGCUAAAUAUUCUGUCCCGAUCAGAGCUCUACGACAAAACAGUGAAAAUGUCAAAUGUGUCGCAUAAACGAGUUUUAAUUCCACUAAAUAAGCGACAAAACUGUAUCCUGAUUCAUGAGCCGGUGUCACUUGGUGUAAACCGUGUGACCUCACAGCAUUAGGAUUCGUUCGCUCGACAGUAGGCGGGGACUUUUUUUGUUUAACCAAUCGCUGCUGUUUGGUCUGUAAUGCUCCAAAUCCCACAGGAAAAAGAACAAUAACGUCUUUCCUCUUGAUAAAAUUCACCAAACAUUCUCUUUGUUCAGACUUUAAAUCCUUGAUCUCGGGAAUUGUUUCCAACACAGAAUGUCUGUCUCUUCUCUGAUUGGCUGGAGCCUGAACUCACACUUCCAGGGUUUUUGCAAAUCGUUUGUGUUUUCUGAUUCCUGAUCUAAUCGCUGGAGGAAAAUGAAAUUGACCAGAGGCACUGGGUGUGGGCAGGAGCGGGACGAAAUAUUCUGUCCCACGCAGAUCUCUCCAACAAAACAGUGAAAAUGUCAAAUGUGUCGCAUAAACGAGUUUAAUUCCACUAAACAAACAACAAAACUACAGCUGUAAGAAAAUAAUUUAGUAAAAUAAACCAAAAAAUACUCAUGGUGAUAUAUCGACACAGCAGCCCGCGAUAUCGAUACUGAAUCAUCAGAUUAAACAAUCCAUGUAUCAUUCAUUCGUUUUUCAAUAUAAAACCAAAAAUAAGAAAAUGAAAAAACAACAGUUUUCUUCAUUAUUUGUCUCCAAAACCAAAAUGAAAAAACAGAUAAUUUGUUUUUUCAGUUUUUCCCGUGACUGCGAUGUCGGACUUUUGCACUGCAUACGGACUGAACCAGGGCUGAUCCAGGUCCGGGACCAGACCAGGAUGCCAGAGCGCGAAGCUGAGGCUCGGACUGGUCCCGGUUUCAGUUCUGAUCUCAGUCACAGUCUGGUCCCAGUCUGGUCCCGGUCUUGUCUCAGUCUCGGUCUGGUCCCGGUGUGGUCCUGGUCUGGUCUCAGUCUUGGUCUGGUCCCGGUCUCAGUUCUGAUCUCAGUCUCAGUCUGUUCCCGGUCUGGUCCCGGUCUUGUCUCAGUCCUGCUCUGGUCUCAGACCAGGAUCAGUCCUGGUUCAGUCCGGCAUCACAGUCUCAGAAGUCACGUAAAACGGGAAUAAUCGAAAAACUGAAAAAAAACGAAUCAUUAUCUGUUGUUUUUUUUUUUUUUUUUUCAUUUUGGUUUUGGAGACAAAUAAUGAAGAAAAGUGUUGAUUUUUCAUUUUCUUAUUUUUUGGUUUUAUAUUAAAAAACAAAUGAACGAACGACAUACGAUAUUUUGACAUUUCGGUAUUUCUACUCACCCUUAAGUCGUCAAACUUCCUCCAUCUGUUUCUUUGUUCAGUCUGUGGUCGGAUUCUCUCGACUCAAACCCCGAACAGCAACAAGCAAAUAUUUCACGUGAACAAACUCUUAGGUUUUACGAUGAACUGAACAAACUGCCCCCUGCUUUUUGAAAAUAAUGUGAAAAUUCCUGGAUGGUUUUGGUGAAUUUUCCGGACAGCUUUAAGGGUUCUGUCGGCGGUCAUUUGUGGACGACUUAACUGUGGAUCAUUGUGUAAAAAAAAAAAGCAGUUUUGUGUUGGAGAAGUGUCCGCUCUCUGUAUGUUCCGUAAUGACUCUAUUAUUAUUAUUAUUAUUAUUAUUAUUAUUAUUAUUAUGAACAAUAAGAAUAACCUUUGUAAUUUAAUAAACACUCGGAAAGACCCCACGCAAUUACACCUCUUUAUUUCACAACAACAUUAUUUCUGACGUCGUUUAUAUGACGUGACAUGACGCUGCGACACUGCCCCCUGCUGUCCAAACGAAAACGCUCAUAAAAAAGGAGGAGGAAGAAAAAUCUCAGGUACAAAACACGACGAGCCUUCAGUCCGGGACCGACUCAGACCCAGACGCUUGUUUUUUUUUGUUUUGUUUUUUUAAAUUAAGGACAACAGAAUAUAACAUUUAAAAAAUACAAUGAUUAACAUUUACAAUAAUUGGCAUUAAAAAAAAAGACAAAAACAUAAAGCAACACCCACAAAAAAUACAAAAUAACAACAAAAAAAUCCCCCAUUUCCCCCCAAAAUUAAACAAACGUAAUGCGGUGCUCACUGUUGGGCGAGUGACUUUAAAACUAUAAAUGUGUUUUUAUUUAUGACGUGUUUCUGUCAUUUCAAAGUGAUUCGUUACAUUAAAAUAUGACUGUGUUUAAAAUGUAAAA